AUGGGUGGAGCUAAAGGAAAAUCAUACAUGGGAUGGUGGGGUCAUAUGGGUGGACCUACUCAAAGAGGUGUUGUCACUUACAUUUUAUCUCCCUUUGAGCAAAAGGCCUUUGCCGGUGCUGCUCACAACGCCGUCUUCAACACUGCUCGCCGUGUCACCUCUCAAAUCCCUUACGUUGGUGUUGCAUUCGGUCUCGGUUACUUUAUCUACACCUCAGCAGUGAAGAGACACACUUAUCUUUCUUCCAAGGCUGGUCAUGCUGCCGAAGGUGGUGAUCACUAA